AUGGAGUUUCCGGGCAUAACCGUUGGGGGCGGAUUUGCAGGCCCAUCCGGAGAAAGCAGCUCUUUCAAAUAUGGCUUCUUCGGAAACAUUUUGGAAUCCAUUGAGGUCGUCCUUGGAAAGGGCGAUAUUGUCACAGCCUCUGGGACCAAACUUCCAGAUCUGCUGGAAGCUUCCUGUGGUUCUCUGGGUACCUUAGAUAUCAUAACAUUGCUUCAUAUUCAGCUGACGGAAGCGAAGGAAUUUGUGCAACUGGAUUGCUACCCUGGCUUUCACGUUCCAAAGGCCAUUGAAAAAAUCUAG